AUGGUACUAAUAAAAGCCCGCAGAGGCGCUGUGAAUGAAGGUGGAGCUGUGUCAAAGUCAGUUUUUGUUGGAUCAAAAGUCUCAAAGGUUAGAUUUGUGGCUCAAACCGAUACGAACGUUGAUUCUUAUAUCACAGCGACUUGGGAUGGAAGGUCUAACAACUUGGCUUUGUGGAACGUCUAUAAUGGAGCUUUGGAUUUGUCGGAUUUGGACUUUUUCAACAAACGAAAUGGUGUUAUUGUCUCUGAGGGCAUCAAUGAUGUAUUGUAAGACUUUUUUGUUUGUUUUUGGAAUUUAGGCUUUGAUAGUGUUAAUAUUCUGAAUUGUGUUGUGGAAGAAAACAAGGACUACCUUUAUAUAAAUAAAAAUGCGAGAACUUACUUUACAACUGUCAAAAUGCGAAGGUUUUACGUGAGAAGACAAUGAAUAACAUAAACUUCCUUUACCAAUCACAAAGUUACGAAAGUUUCUUUACAUUCGUAAAAAAUGGUGAAAAAUUUCUUUAUAUACCUAAAAACUCUAAAAUUAGUUUCUUUUCAGUGUAGAAGCCCGUAAAACAGUUGUAGCAGGUUUGGAAAAUGGAGUAGUUGAAGUUUGUGGUCUAGCAAACAAUGCCAUUUCACGAGUUCAUACUUUUAACAACGUUCACAAGGGAUUCAGUUCAAUAUCAGUUGUGGUUUGUGACGGUGAAAUUAUAUCUGGCUCGGAUUCUGGAGAUUUAAUGCGGAUGGAUUUGAGUGGAGCUUCUCAACCUACAGUAUUGUGUACGGUAAGGGUUUUUGACGGUUUUCUGUAGACUGUUUGACCAAUAACCUAUUGUUCUCUGCACUUUUGGCUUAUUUUACAUCAAAAAAUCUGAAAAAUUCAAAAAAAAAUGUUUAAAUAUAAGUAAAACAGGCAUUUCUACAAACUUUCGGACCGAAAAGCUAACUUCUAUUUAUAGGGUUUGUCAGCAGUGUAUUGUUCAGCAAAUUGUGGGCCUUUUGAAUUCAUCAGUGGCCAUGGAUCAGGUCAUGUUCAUCUAUGGGAUCUAAGACAAGUUAACCCGGCCAUAGUUACCGGAGAGUCUCCGGUGGCCAGUAAACUAACAGGAACUAUUCAUGAUGCCGUAACUUCUGUCACUUCGCAUCCUUCACAGCCUAAUGUGGUCGGUUUUUGGAAUUUUACAAUAUGUUUUGUUGAUAAGGGUAACAGGGGGACCAAGUUAAAUUUUUUCGAUAUUUUUCUUAAAUAUUUUUUUUAAAUUUUGUAUGGACUGUUUCAGAUCGCAUUUGGAGUCCAAUCAGGAUCAAUUGCCUUCAUGGACGUUAGGAAUACAAGGGCACCAAUUGCUUCUUUCUUGAAGCUCAGUAAAUCCCCGUUGAUUGAUGUAAGUACUUGUUUUAAAACUGAAUUCUUGCAAAGUUCAAAGACUUUUUUAGAAAUUCAUGUUAAGAGGUUUGUAAAGCGUAAAAUGUUGUAUCUAUUUUUAAAUUUUGAUGCUGGUAUCUUAAGUUAUAAUUAAGUUACAUUCAUUUAAAGAUGUCACAAAUUAAAAAAGUUAGAAUCCGCCAAGAAAGUUUUGGUUUUUCUGGGCUUUAACAGCCUUUAACUUUAAGAUCAAACAAGAUAUCAUAGUAAAACUUUGAGAGUUAAUACAUCUUUUUAUGCUUCAUCAAACGUACUAUUACAUUUUUUUGAAAAAAGUUUUAAAAUUUUGAAAAAAGAGGUUUAUAUGGUCAUUUCCAGCUCAAAUUUCACAAAAAUUUUGGAGGAAAUUGCUUUGCGUUAUCGAACGACAGUUUGUUACACAUGGACGUUAUGGAUAUUAAGCAUGCAAAGUGAGUUUUUUUGGCGUUUAUGCAAAAUCAUUCCCUGUUGAUUUUAGAGUCAAAAAAUAGUUAGAACUUUCUUUACAAAACAAGAAAUGGCAAGAACUUUCUUUACAAAACAAAAAACGGUAAUAACUUUCUUUACAAAACAAAAAUGACAAGAAAUUCCUUUACAAAACAAAAAAAUAUGAAAUUGAUGCCUAAAAUAAUAUAAAAUCAUUAUAAUGAUAUUUUUUUUAUUUUUUAGAACAAACAUGCCAUACAUUGAAAACCAACAACUGAACCCAUGGUUAACAACCUCAGCUUGGAAUAACGUAGACUUGAACACAUUACUGAGCGAUGAACCCAGGUUAUUGACCAGUUUUGACAUGUCAGCAAAGUCAAUUCUAGCUGCAUCGGACACUGGAUAUCUGACGUUACUAACCAGGAUGCAAUUCCGUUAA